AUGUCUCAUCGUAAAUUUUCUGCCCCCCGACAUGGCUCGAAAGGGUUCUUGCCCAAGAAGAGGAGUCGUCGCCAUCGGGGUAAAAUAAAGGCUUUCCCUAAAGAUGAUCCCAAAAAACCCGUGCAUCUUACUGCAUUUUUGGGAUACAAGGCUGGUAUGACUCAUAUCCUUCGUGAAGUAGAUAGACCCGGUUCAAAGGUGAACAAGAAGGAAGUUGUUGAAUGUGUCACAAUAUUGGAAUGCCCGCCUGUUAUGUGUGUUGGUAUCGUUGGUUACAUUGAUACCCCACGUGGUCCCCGGGCUUUCAAGACCAUCUGGGCUGAGCAUCUUGGGGAAGAGUGUAGACGUCGUUUCUACAAGAAUUGGUCCUCAUCCAAGAGGAAGGCAUUUACCAAACACAAGAAGAAGUGUCAGGAUGAAGCUGGCAAGAAGGCCAUUGAGAAUGACUAUAAGAAGAUGGUGCGCUACUGUAGCAGCAUCAGAAUUAUUGUGCACACUCAGAUUCGUCUUCUGAAGAAGCGCCAGAAGAAAGCUCAUAUUGCAGAAAUCCAACUGAAUGGAGGAACCAUUGCAGAUAAAGUGAAGUGGGCUAGAGAAAAUCUUGAAAAGCCAAUUUCUCUGAGCGAUGUUUUCCAACAGGAUGAACUCAUUGAUGUUAUUGGUGUGACUCAAGGCAAAGGAAUGAAGGGUGUGACAUCUCGUUGGCAUACCAAGAAAUUACCCAGGAAAACACAUAAAGGUUUGCGAAAAGUUGCCUGUAUUGGUGCUUGGCAUCCAAGCAGAGUUCAGUACUCUGUGGCCAGAGCUGGUCAGAAGGGAUACCAUCACCGUACUGAAAUCAACAAGAAAAUCUACCGUAUUGGACGUGGUCUCCACACUCAGGAUGGCAAGGUCAUUAAGAAUAAUGCCUCUACUGACCAUGAUCCUGCAGAAAAAUCCAUUACUCCUGUUGGUGGUUUCCCUCACUAUGGUGAACUGAAUCAAGAUUUCCUCAUGUUGAAGGGAUGUGUGAUGGGAACCAGAAAGAGAAUUAUCACUCUUCGUAAGUCACUCCUAACUCACUUUAGACGUAAGGCCAUGGAGAAGAUUACUCUGAAGUUUAUCGAUACUGCCAGCAAAUAUGGAAAUGGUCGCUUCCAGACUCUGCAAGAAAAGAAGAACUUCAUGGGUCCUCUCAAGAAGGACAAGCUCAGGGAGGAAACUGCCUAA